CUGACGCUCUUUGGCAUCGAUUGUACACAAGACGCGAAACACUGUGAAACCUGAACUCGUGUAAAUUCAUCCCUCAUUUACACACUGACCUCUUCAUAAAGAUGCAGUUCAUGUUGUUGUUCAGCAGACAGGGGAAGCUCCGUCUGCAGAAAUGGUACGUGCCACUGUCCGACAAGGAGAAGAAGAAGAUCACACGGGAGCUGGUGCAGACCGUCUUGGCCCGAAAGCCCAAAAUGUGCAGUUUCCUGGAGUGGAGAGACCUUAAAAUAGUGUAUAAAAGAUACGCAAGUUUGUAUUUCUGCUGUGCCAUUGAAGAUCAGGACAACGAGCUGAUCACCCUGGAGAUCAUCCAUCGCUACGUCGAACUUCUCGACAAAUACUUCGGCAGUGUGUGCGAGCUGGACAUCAUCUUUAACUUCGAGAAGGCCUAUUUCAUCCUGGACGAGUUCCUGCUGGGAGGAGAAGCUCAGGAGACGUCGAAGAAGAACGUUCUGAAAGCCAUCGAGCAGGCUGAUCUCCUGCAGGAGAAUCUAGAUUUUCAGAUCCGUCUGCUUCCAGGUGUUCUGAGUCAGAACGUGUCUCCUGAAUCCUCUGGACUAUUCCAGAGUUAAACCGGCUCAGGUGAACAUGAUUCAGCCACGACAUGAAUACUUUAACGUGCCUGUGUACUGAUUGGCUGUCGCAGCUGUUGGUUGCUGUCCGUACUGCAUGCUGAGCCCCGCCCCAUGCAUGACUUGCCUGCUGGCUCCGCCUCUCUCUCUACCACCGUCCAAUCAAAGAGCUGCAUCUUGGGGCACCCUGUGUUCACUGCAUACACCUCUCUCUCUCUCUCAUUAUAUAUUAUUUAUCUUUGGGGCUGUGUGAUAUCUGUGUGUUUAAAGGAAUAGUUCACCCAAAAAUAAAAAUUCUGUCAUCAUGUACUCAUAUAAUUUAGUGUGUCCAAGCUGUUCUUUUCCUUACAAUGAAAGUGGAUGGUGAUUUUUUACUGCCAAACUCUAAAAAUGACAAAAAAAUAUUAUAAAAGUAGUCCAAAAGUCUUCAGAAGUCAUACAAUAGUUCUAUGUGAGAAAGAGACCGUUUAAUCAUUUUUUAAUGAACUAUUCCUUUUAAAGCUCGCUAAUGGACAUUAUUGCAAAUUCUUUCAUUUCAGCACUUCAUCUAUUUAGUUUGCCAUGAAGACAUUUUGUCUUUGUUUAAAACUGUUUUUUAAGUGUAUGAGUCAUUUUGAUAUUUUUAAUCGAAAUUAUCUCAAAUAAAAAAAUGUCUAAGUGGUGUCACCGUCCAGAGAAAUUACUAAAAUAUAAAUAUAUCAAUACAUUUUAAAAUAUUAUUAUUUAAAAAACACUUGUCCACCAAAUCAAAUCAAAGUCGGGUGUUGUAGGGUGAAGGAUUUCUGUGACAUCAUUAUUUGGCAUUGUUAUGAAUGAUGUGUUUAUUUCUUGAGGUCAUCUGGACCCUCACAAUCACAGCAUGCAAGAUCAACGGUUCGCUGGUUGAUAAAUGUAGUAAAUGAUGUUCUGUGCUGAUUUCUUUUGCUAUAUUUAGUGGAAAGUGUUUCGUGUGUACAUACUCACAUACUGUGACCCCAAAAGGCUUUUGAACACUCAAGUCUUUGUUAUCAAAAUCACUCGUUUUUGGAGCUUCUGGAUUUCUGACGUCAAUAAAGACGUUUUACACUAGAAAGCCUUUUGCACAUCAAUGUUCAUUGUUAUAUUUAUGAAUAGAUUUUGGUCUAUAAUUAUAGAAUUAUAUUUUAAAAACAAAUCAAUAUUGGCGUUUCAUUGCACAGUAAAUGUUAUGAAUCUACCCAUGAAAAUAUUAUCUGUGGUUUGAAAUUCGCAAGGCUGAUUUGAAUGUUAAUUAUUGUGCGUUUUGUAAUGCAAUAGAAAUAAACGAAUCAAAUGUACAAUUAAACGUGACCUGUGACUUUAAAUGUUCUUUUUACAGUUUGAAUCUAAUGAAACUUGGCAAGAACAUAUCCUGGUCAUUUUUGGCCCAAAAAUCAAAAUAUAGAAAUAAAUGUGGUUUUGAUUAAAGAAAAUGAAACUUACAGUGGCAAGAAAAGUAUUUGAACCAGUUAACCAGUUUCAAUUAUUCAUUCAAUCUUUAUCUGUCUUUUUUACCUCCUUGAUCAUUCUGCAUGUGCCCUUUGAGUCGUCUUGGCUGGACGGCCACUUCUAGUGAGAGUACCCACAGUACUAAAUCAUCUCCAUAUAUAGACAGUUUGUCUUACUGUGGACAGAUGAAUAUCUAAACUCUUCAAGAUAACUUUGUAACCCUUUCCAGCUUAAUGCAAAGCAACAAUUCUUGAUCAGAGGUUUUCUGAGAUCUCUUUUUUUGUGAGGCAUGGUCAACAUCAACAGAUGUUUCUUGUGAAUAUCAAACUCAAAAUGUUUGAGUGCUUUUUAUAAGUCAAAGUAUCUCUAACCCACACCUCCGAUCUCAUUUCAUUGAUUGGAUGCCAGGUUUGCCAACUCCUGACUCAAAUUAGCAUUUUUUGUCAUCUUUAGCCUAUGGGGUUCACUUACUUUUUCCCCACAGCACUGUGAAUGUUUAAUAGAACGUGUUCAAUAAAGACUUGAAUGAUUAGAAUUGUUUGUGUGUUGUUAGAUUAAGCACACUGUGACUUUGAUGAAGAUGAGGUCACAUUUUAUGACCAAUUAAUGCAGAAGCCCGGCUAAUUCCAAAGGGUUCACAUACUUUUUCUUGCCACUGUAUUUUUAUGACCAUUAAGAUUUUUUUUUUUGGUAUUUUCAUGGAAAUUAAGCACAUGUUUCAAUGCCUUUAAUUUAUGUUGAUAGUUAAUUUAGAUGAAAAAUUACUGUAAUAAAAAACUAUUUGUUGUAUCGCCUUUAUACUGACCUUUGGAUAUCAUUGUAUUAGCCUAAUGAUAAUCUAAUCCGUGAUAGAAGUGGGAAUUAGCCAGACACAUUAAGUUUAUCAGAAUUUGCCAAAAAUGCUAACAUUUCUUUUCUUCUUUUAUUUUGAUAAUGGGUGAAAUAUGACCCAGAUGUGUUUUUGUGAGAUUCACUCAGAGGAAAUCUUGAACACAGUUGAACUGAAUGAAAUUAGUGUUUGUGUUAUUUCCUGUGACCACUCAAGUUCAUUUUUGCUCUUCCUGCCCGUCAGCAGUGGAGAAGAGAGCAUCCUCUGGCUCGACACAAGGGGGUGAAACACUAAUUGAGUUUUAAUUCAGAUGAGAAUGAUAACAGCUCAUUACGCAUGAACGAUUCAAGACUCUUGAAGAGAAGCAAAUGUUAAAUAUCUGUCUAUACAGCACUGAGCUGAGCAGUCUUUAAAGAUUACCCUGCAUUAAAGAUUACAGGGCCAACUUGCCUGGAGCUGGAAAAGGAUUUGUGCUCAUUAUGUGUCAUUAUCUUUUGUUUUCCUGUAAAAAAUCUCAUUUGGUAACUUUGGAGAGCAGGGUUUUGGAAAGAAGGGCGUGGCUAAUCCAAUGGCUUAGUUUGUUGGAAUUCUAGAACGGCUAAUCGCUUACAGCACCUUUAAGCCUCAAUAAUUCGCUGCAACUACAACACUAUGAGAAUGUGCAAAAGUUUGCCAUUUACACAGUCUAGUGAUGUCACAGAGACCAUUGAGAUAUCUCACAUGACUUAUUUCAGUGAUAUCUUUCAAGAAGUAAAAUUCUUUGCAUACAUUUCCAUGACAAAAUUGCUCAGCACCUUUAAGUUUAAUUUCCUCACCCCAUGUAGCAAGUUGAUGUUUUUUCCAUCAACUUAUUUUAAGCAUAAACUUUAUUUAAAUAUAAAUUUUAAUAAUGUAUUAGGAUAGGAUAGCCAAAAUAUUCUAUUUUGAAAAUUAAAUAUAUAUCAAGUCAAUUUAGUAAAUAAUAGUAGAUUAUCACUCCAAGUAGAUGUCAUCGGAAAUCAAAUGCAUUGUAAAUCCAGUUUAAUAUUGAGUGUAACAGGUUUGUUCAAUAAAAC